AUGGCUGCAGCGAUGUUUCGAAGCCUGCUAGUGUCCGCGGGCGGGACCCGCGAGCGACUCCUUCUACCGCCGCACCCUCGCCCGCCCCGCCGCCGCCGCACCCGCCUGAGGCCGGCGGCCGCGCUGGAGGCCCAGUUCAGCUGCCCCAUUUGCCUGGAGGUCUAUCAGCGCCCCGUGCGCAAAUUCGCCCCCUGCAGGCACACAUUCUGUGGGGAAUGCCUGCAGCCGUGCCUCCAAGUACCAUCUCCUCUCUGCCCACUCUGCCGCAUGCCCUUUGACCCCAAAAAGGUGGAGAAAGCCUCCAGUGUAGAGAAGCAGCUCUCCUCCUUCAAGGCUCCCUGCCGGGGCUGUAGCAAAAAGGUGACCCUCGCAAAGAUGAGAUCCCAUGUCACAUCAUGUACUAAGGUUCAGGAGCAGAUGGCCAACUGUCCAAAGUUUGUUCCUGUUGUCCCGACGUCCCAGCCCAUUCCCAGCAAUAUCCCAAACCGGUCCACAUUUGUGUGUCCCUAUUGUGGAGCGCGGAACCUGGACCAGCAAGAGCUGGUGAAACACUGCAUGGAAAACCACCGCAAUGACCCCAACAAAGUGGUAUGCCCAGUCUGUUCAGCCAUGCCUUGGGGUGACCCCAGUUAUAAGAGUGCCAACUUCCUACAGCAUCUUCUGCACAGGCACAAGUUCUCCUAUGACACGUUUGUGGACUACAGCAUCGAUGAAGAAGCAGCAUUGCAAGCAGCGCUGGCACUCUCCCUCUCCGAGAACUGAGGGCGACCGCCAUGGGGUGGAUCGGGACUGUUCAGGGCUCUUGCUGACCUUCCCCCACACAGUGGGGAGGCACAACCCCUCACCCUUCCCUCGGCCUCCAUCUAACAAGUAGGCAGCCCAUUCCCUUGGCUCCUGUCCUGCCUUCUUCUGCCAGGUGGAACCUUCCUUCAUUUUUCGGAGCUCAGAGGUGAGGGGAUUCGAUGUAGGCGCCUGAACGGGAAAAUGCAGCGGGGGACCCCGACCUCGCCCACUUCGAACUGUCGUUUGGGCCCACUUUGUACUUCCAGUUGGACAUUCCAUAUGUAACUUCAGCGCAGAGGGUAUAUUUUAUUAAGAUGCUUUUACUAAGAUUUUAGCACUGUUGGCCCUCAUCCUGUUUGCGGUUUAUAUAGCAACAACGCAUUUUGUGAGGAACUCUGUAGUUUAACCCUUUUUUAAAAAAAAAGAAAUAUCGCCUGUGGUUUUUGUUAAGUCAUUUGGGAUUUUUUUAUUAUUAUUUAAAAGAACAAGAAGCAUGGGACACAGGCACUUUGUAGGACUAUUUAUUACGCCCUUGGGGGGCAAACUGCUUACCACUCAGCCAUUGCAACAGAGGCAGCAAACGCUGGGAGUGCGUGGAAAUGCCAAAGAAAGGCAUUUCAAAAGGAUCCAGAAUCCCCAAGUCAGGUUAGGAAGCCAUUCCUAGCCACAUGCAUCUUUCUCUCCCUUUCCCUUCUGCACCCCACCCCCCAAACAAACCUUCCUCAUUUUGUACCGGCUUUUGUGAUAACUCUACAUGCAGCCUUUCCCAGCCCGGUGCAUUCCAGGUGAUUUGGACCACAGUCCCUAUCAGCACCAGCUGGGAGUUGUAGUCCAAAACUCGUGGGAGCCACCAUGCUGCCUGAGGCUGCCAUGUAGGUUAUCUGUAGGGGGUUUUUUUCUACAUCUCUCGGUGUGACAAUACUCUUUUCACAUUUUAUAGAGAGAAAAACAAAACAGUUAACUGUUGAUACUGCAAUAUCUGUGUUUGACUAGGAACAAUAGUAUUUUUAUGGAGCAUUAUUUUUUAAAGUAUAUUUUUUAAAGAAAAAAAGAGGUAUGUAUUCCAAGAAUUUCAGGGUGGGGGUGGGGGGCAUGCCAGAACCUGGAGUGGAGAAGGGGCUUCCUUUCAUUAACACUGGAGCAAUCAGACUAUUGUCGUCUUCUUGUUUUUCAAUAUUUCUCUUCUCUUCCCUCCACUCCCCACAAAAAAGGAAAAAGAUCUUUGUUGAAAUGACCUUUCUGGGUUUCCUUUUCUCCAAGUAACAAUCCUUUCUUUUUAGAAGCUAGAGGGGGAGAGAGAAACUUGUGCGGCCAUUUCAGGUUGUCAUAAGCUGUUACACGCCACAAGGUACUGCAAGGUUUUAUCAUCCAGGUAUCAUGCUAAUGGAUCAGCAGGUCCAAAGUAGACUUGAAAGAAAUAAAAGCUGUGAAUAAGCUACAA